AUGGCGAGGUAUCAUGGACUUUGGUUGCUGAUAAUCAAAACCUUGGCUAUUAUUCAUAUUGUCCAAGCUCAGAGCCAACAAGGGUUCAUCAGUUUGGACUGUGGGCUACCAACAAAUGAACCAUCUCCUUAUAAAGAGGAGUCAACAGGGUUACAGUUCUCUUCAGAUGCAACAUUCAUCCAGAGUGGACAAACUGGUAGAAUUCAGCCAACUCUGGCGAGUAGAUUGCUGAAGCCAUACACAACGCUGAGAUACUUUCCUAAUGGAACACGAAAUUGCUACAACCUACCCGUCGAGAAGGGGAGAAAUCAUCUGAUCAGGGCUAGGUUUUUGUAUGGAAACUAUGAUGGCCUUGACAAUAACCCCACGUUUGAUCUGUAUCUUGGACCUAAUCCAUGGACCACUAUAGACUUGCGUAGGCUAGUGAAUGGUACACGAGAAGAGAUCAUUCACAUCCCAACAUCAAACAAGUUGCAGGUCUGUCUUGUUAAGACUGGGACGACUACACCGUUGAUCUCGACCUUGGAAGUACGGCCCAUAGGAAAUGAUUCUUAUAGCACUCAAUUUGGUUCUCUGAAUCUUUUCUUUCGGGUAUAUCUUAGUGAAUCAAAGACAACGCUAAGGUACCCGGAUGAUAUCUAUGAUCGCAUAUGGACUGCUUAUUUUUGGAAAGAGUGGACUCAGAUAACCACCACUAGCAGUGUGGGAAACUCCAACAACUACGAACCACCAAAAGCCGCACUUGCAAGUGCAGCCGUACCUACUAAUGCUAGUGAGCCAUUGACAAUUGACUGGACUAAUACAGAGAAGCCUGAUGACCUAUAUUACUUGUAUAGACACUUUGCUGAGAUCCAAGACUUGCAGACUAAUGAAACCAGGGAAUUCAACAUGGUGUGGAAUGGGGAACUUAUGUCGACUGACCCUAUAAUUCCUGACGAGUUAAAGAUAACUACCAUCUUAAGCGUGACGCCAAGAACCUGUGCUAAAGGGGAAUGCACUUUUCAGCUGAAAAGAACCAACAGAUCUACCCUUCCACCUUUACUUAACGCUUUUGAAGUCUACACAGUUAUCCAGUUUCCACAGUCUGAAACAAACGAAAACGAAGGUAUGUUUCAGUGUGUUUCCAACAUAAAUAGUUUUAUUCAUGUAAGGUCGAUUCUUUUGUUUUUUUAUUUCUAA